UUGAACUAGAGGAGGACACCUCACAUCAUAAUAACGCAUAUAAAAUCUAAAAUAGUAUCUUAAUAAGCACAACAACCUAUUGAGUCGGGGGAUGCAUAACAAAAUUAUAGUUGUAUAAGAGACAGCUCAGAACAGAGUAGCCUAAAACAGCUGCUGUCAUCCGUUUUUAACAUUUUAAACUAUUUACCUUCUAUUGCUUUUGUGAAAAUAUAUUUUAUCAUAGAAUUUAAUUAUAGUAAUUGCACUUAUGGACACCAUUCUGGACAAUUUCGCCCCGGAUAAACUUUUCCCCAGUGCCAACCUGUUGGACCUUGAGGAUUUGAAUGAAGGGGAUUUUCUCAACAAUGUGCACUUCUCGGAGCAGAUGGAGGACUUCUCCAACGAGCUGUUCAGCAGCUUCUUUGAUGACCACCUCCUGGCCGACAGGAACCCACUGCUGGACAUGGAAAUGGACCCACCCAACCCUGACAUCCAGCAAGAACACAGCUACUCUCUGAGCGGAGACUCUGCUCCCCAGAGCCCCUCCAUGUCCAUCAAAAUGGAUGAGGAAGCAGAGUUUGAAGGAAUGUGGUCUUUCAGCCAGGACCUGACGGCCAUCCUGGUAAAGCAGGAGCCUGAUCAACAGGCAGAGCCUUCUUCUACAGUCCCCUUCAUGGGGAACUCAUCCUUCCAGCCUCUCAACCUCGCCCCACCACCUCACAGGAGCUCAUCGGAGGAUACAGGCUCCAAAGAGUUGAACCUCAACCCCACGCCCGCAAUCAAAGAUGAACCUGGAGAGGUCAACCAGUUCCUCAACAUCCCUUCAGAUGAUCAGCUGCAGCUCCCCCCAACCCCUCCCAGCAGCCAUGGCAGUGACAGUGAUGGAUCCCAGAGCCCCCACUCCAUGCCCCCUUCCAGCCCAGCCCGCCUACAGGCCCGCUCCUCCGCUGCCAUAUCCUCCUCACCCCUCCUUACCGCCCCACACAAGCUACAGGGCACUUCAGGGCCCCUGAUGCUGACAGAGGAGGAGAAACGCACCCUGAUCGCUGAAGGUUACCCCGUACCCAACAAGCUGCCCCUCACCAAGACCGAGGAGAAGGCACUGAAGAGGGUGCGCAGGAAAAUCAAAAAUAAGAUAUCUGCCCAGGAGAGUCGCAGGAAGAAGAAGGAGUACGUGGAGUGCCUGGAGAAAAAGGUGGAGAACUACACGUCUGAGAACAGUGACCUGUGGAAGAAGGUGGAAACACUAGAGAGUGCUAACAGAACUCUACUACAGCAGCUCCAGAAACUCCAAGCCCUGGUCACAGGAAAAGUGCCCCAAUCCUGCAAGAUGGCCUCAACGCAAACAGGAACAUGCCUUAUGGUGGUGGCGCUGUGCUUUUUCCUGGUGCUGGGCUCCCUUGUGCCUUGUCUGCCUGAGCUCUCCUCCCUGUCCCAUACCGUGAAGUCCUCCUCGCCCCUCCCCUCGGCUGAUGUCUACACAGCCAGCCAGGUCCGCUCCCGCAGCCUACUCUUCUACGAUGAGAGCUCCUCGUUGGAGGACGGUCACAGGGGCUUCCUGAAGAUGGAGGGGGACGGCUCGGAGGGGGCGCCCCUCGACUACACCGAGGACCGGUCGGCACGUGACAGCCAUGGAGGCGAACACGAGAACACCAAGUACCUCAGCAAGGCUCACUCCGACCCGGUGGACUACAACAGGACCGGCGCCCAGUUCCUCCAAGAAGAGCCGCAGUACCACAAAAUAGAGCCAAACCCCGAAGGAGGAGCGGAGUACUUUUAACCUUUAGGGGCGGAGCUGCCAAAAACACACGCUCUCCAGACACCUUACCCAUGUGGAUGUGUAGUGACACUACGGCGCCCCCUAGUGUGCCAUCCCCAACCCACCUCUCCCUGCACUCCCUGACCUCCUACAGUAGCUCCCUGGCCUUCCUGUUCCAUCCCAUUCCCUGAAGUCCCACCCGAUAGAGUGGAUGAAGAGGGUAUGUGAAGAAGAUAGAAAUGAUGGUCAACUCCAAUCAAAGCUCCACAGCAACUUUUCAUGUUUGACUGCUGUGUUUGACUGGAGGCAUAAGCAGGGUGUGUGAGAGGGGCUUGAAUUUAGUGACUUGUUGAAACCUCUGUGUGCUAUGUGUGUCUGCCUGCACUUUCAAGUGCGUGAGUGUGGUUGCAGUGCUUCUGCGCAGAUGAAGUGGUCCUCAGAUUCCAUCACACUGUUGCUUUUUCAAGGACUGAAAAAAAUAUUUAGAACACAUGAGGUACUUCAGGUGAAGGGUGAAGCGGAUCUAUAGCAAAUUGGAUUGGAGGGUGAGGGGGAUAGGGAUGUGGGGGCCUGUAUUUACAAUUCCAGUUGUUCUGUUAUAGAAAUUCCCUCUCCUACUUCACAAUUGGUAAUGCAAAUCUUUUAAUACAUACAUUCCAAAGAUUGUCCUCCAUUACCUUUCGCUUAAGCGCUUAAAAUGCACUCUAGUGCCUCAUGCUAGAAUUAUACUUCAUUCAAUGGCAUUUCUUGUCCCAUAAUGUUUAAGCUUGUAUAUGCAUUGCACUUUUUUUUUUCUUCAGGUCGACAUUGCAAGCUAAUGGGUAUAAGUGCCUUCAAACUCUUUCAGUUUUUGUAUUCUCACACCAUCCACAUGGGGUUGUUAAUUGUAUUAUUUUACUCUUCAUGCAAUCUAAAUCAUAUGUAAUAUAUACGUAUU